GGCUUCAUAUGAGAGAGAGAAGAGAGAGGAAAAAGUUCCUGGAAGAAGGUUAUAAAGUAUAAACAACAGCUCUCUGAUUCAUAUCAACACACACACACACGACUAUUUUAUAUUGAAAAAGGUUUUCUAUUCUGUGAGAAGAAGAAAGAGCUAAAGACAAAUACAGAGGUGGGGAUAUUGGUUCUUUGUAGAGAGAGACACAUAGGGGUUGUGAUUGCUCAAGUACUACCAUAUGAUUUGGUGUGUUGUUGGGUUGAACCCAUUUUCACUUUGUUCUGGUCAUCUCCAUUAUUGACAAUAUGUACAGCUUUACUACUUAUUUCAACUGGUUUUCGCCUCUUAGUCUAUACACGAACUCUAUCGUUAAUUCUUCUCGAAUCUUCUUUCAUUAGCGUUCUUUGCCUUCUGGGUUUGUUGAAAAAGUUAAAAAAAAAGGCAGUGUUUUCAGUGCGCAAAGGCUAAAAGUUUGUUCUGUGCUUGAUUUUCUUAUCUGGGUCUUUGAAAUUUCUGUUCCGAAGAUGACAGUGGAGGAAAUUAGAGGAAGCUCGGGUGGUGGAAAUGGGAACGAUGAUAGAUUUCCGGUGGGUAUGCGUGUUCUUGCCGUCGACGAUGACCCCACUUGUUUGAUGCUAUUGGAGGGUUUGCUUCGGAAAUGCCAGUAUCAGGCUACAACGACCAGUCAGGCAAGAACGGCAUUGAAGAUGUUGAGAGAAAACAGAAAUAGAUUUGACCUUGUUAUCAGUGAUGUUCAUAUGCCAGAUAUGGAUGGGUUUAAGCUUUUGGAGCUUGUUGGUCUUGAAAUGGAUCUACCUGUCAUCAUGUUGUCAGCAUACAGUGAUACCAAACUUGUAAUGAAGGGGAUAACCCAUGGUGCUUGCGACUACUUGGUAAAACCUGUUAGAAUUGAAGAGCUCAGAAACAUAUGGCAGCAUGUAAUCAGGAGAAAGAAGGUCGACUCCAGGUCCCAAAACAAGUCGGUUACUCAAGAUAGUGCCCAACAGGGAAGUGGAGAUGGUGGACUAGGGCCUGCACUGGGAGGUAAUGCAGAUCAGAAUGGGAAGCUCAAUAGAAAAAGAAAGGAUGAGGAAGAGGAGGAUGAAGAGAACGAAAAUGAGAAUGAGGACCCAGGAGCCCAGAAGAAGCCUAGGGUUGUUUGGUCUAUAGAGCUUCAUAGGAAGUUUGUUGCAGCUGUUAAUCAAUUGGGCAUUGACAAGGCUGUUCCUAAAAGGAUUCUUGAUAUGAUGAAUGUCAACGGACUUACUAGGGAAAAUGUGGCAAGCCAUCUCCAGAAAUAUAGGCUUUACUUGAAAAGGAUCAGUUCUGUGGCAAACCAGCAAGCUAACUUGGUUGCUGCAUUAGGAUGUAAAGAUUCCUCUUAUAUGCGCAGUGGUUCAUUCGAUGGACUCGGAGAUUUUAGAAGUUUGGCUGGGUCAGGAAGGCUUCCAAAUUCUGCCUUGUCAUCAUAUUCACCAGGUGGGAUUCUUGGUAGAUUAAACACCCCUGCUGGUGUGAGCCUCCGUAGCCUCAGUUCUCCUGCACUGAUUCAACCAAGUCAUACCCAAAUCUCAAGCAACUCCAUUAAUAAUAUUGGGAAGUUCCAGCCUGUUGUUUCGCCUGCAAACCAAAUUGGAAGUUUGUUUCAUGGGAUUCCAGCAUCAUCGGAGCUUGACCAUUUGCAACAGAGCAAGUGUUCCAAUGGAGAUUUCAAUUCAACUGCUGAUCUAACUAACUUUGCAGCUGCCAGUACAUAUGCAGACAGCAGUGUUGUAGUUGGUAGUUCAAGUAACUCUCUAGUCAGUGCCCCUAACAAUCCUCUGAUGCUACAAGGGAACCCACAACAAACACAUAUUGGGGAAGGAUUUGGAAAUCAGUCUUCUUUCAAAAGGGCUUCUUUCAACUCGGAACCUUUCAAUGUUGGUGUCAGUGGUGCUUCUAAUUUCCGGGAUAAUGGUAGCUGUAAUGUGAAUUGGCAGAGUCCCAUUCAACUAUCAAAUUUUUCUUCAAAUUCUUUGCCAUUAAACGAACCUUUCCAUCAUAAUCAGUUGCAACCUAAUAGCUUAAGAGAAAAUGCUUCCUCAAUUGGCCCUCAGGUUCGGAGUAGCCAACUCGAAUUUUCUUCUAUCAUUACACCUUCAGCACCUCUAGAGGAUUCCAGAGGAGAGAUGCUUUGCCACGCAUUGGUUGGUGAUAAUCUUCAGAAUAUGAACCAAGCAACAAACCAAAGGUGGAGAGAACAUAAAGAGGAUUACACCCACAACUCAAAUAAAAUUUUCAGCACCUUAAGUUCUUUGGUUCCCGCCAGUGGUGUUGUGGGCCCCUUAAGCCAGAGUUUGGACCAAAAUAAUGGAAUCUGCAAUGUCGGCCAAUCAAAUAGUGGUGCUUCAUCUCUGGUGCAGCAUGGUGAGGUUGAGAGAUCAGCUAUGGACUCAAAGAUGAGUGCCACGGAAGAUUACCUUUUGGAGCAAACAAAGUUGCAGGGUGGUUUUGCUCCUAAUAAUUAUGACUCGUUGGAUGAUCUAGUGAAUGCAAUGAUCAAACGGGAACAAGAAGGAACAAUGCUGAUGAACGGAGAAUUUGGAUUUGAUACUUGCUCGUUUGGCUCAUGUUUGUGAGAUUCCUGUAAGCUGCUGCUUAUAUCUAGAGAAAAGAGGAGGUAUCAACAGAUAAGUUCACUCCACGAGGAGUUUGUAUCAAUAUGUAACUUUUUUCUGCAUUUCUCUGUGUAUCCUUCCAAUUUUAUCCCGUUAUCAAAGUUCUAUUUCAUGUGGGUUUCUAAUGCCAUGUGGGUUUCUUAAAUCUUUCAAUGUCUCGACAUCUUGAGGGAACAAUGCCAUUAGAAUAUCUCAAACUCUGAAGAACUUUUCUUUUAUUUCAA